GUGAAAUUGUAGUCCGCUGGUGGCGUAACUGUUCUGAAUUCAAGAUGGCGUCGUUAAUGGAUUCGUUCGAACAACAAUUUGCUGGUUUAACAGCUGAUAUUACUACAAAAACAGGCCGAAUACCUAAUUUAACCAAAGGAGAUAAAAAAAUAAUGGUUAAUCAAGUAGAGAAGCAUUUAGAAGAAGCUCAAGAACUAUUGGAACAGAUGGAUUUAGAAGUUAAAAGUAUGCCACCAAAUGAUCGUCCAAAAUAUCAGAACAGAAUGAAAAGUUAUCAUGCUGAAUUUAAUCGUCUAAAUAAAGAAUUGGCAAGUUCUGAUUAUUUUUUGGAACAGAUGGAUUUAGAAGUUAAAAGUAUGCCACCAAAUGAUCGUCCAAAAUAUCAGAACAGAAUGAAAAGUUAUCAUGCUGAAUUUAAUCGUCUAAAUAAAGAAUUGUUGGAACAGAUGGAUUUAGAAGUUAAAAGUAUGCCACCAAAUGAUCGUCCAAAAUAUCAGAACAGAAUGAAAAGUUAUCAUGCUGAAUUUAAUCGUCUAAAUAAAGAAUUGAAAACCCAGUUAUUAGACAAUACAGAGAGACUUGAACGAUCAUCACGCAAACUACAUACUGGAUAUAAAAUUUCUGUUGAAACAGAACAAAUUGGAGCUGAAAUUUUAAAUGAUCUGCAUUCUCAAAGAGAAACAAUUCAAAAAGCAAGACAAAAGUUAAGAGAAACAGAUGAUGACUUAGGAAAAAGUUCAAGAAUUUUAACUGGAAUGAUAAGAAGGGUCAUCCAGAAUCGUGUAAUCCUGUUUGUAGUGGGAAGUAUUAUAUUGUGUGUUAUAGUAACAGCAAUUUAUUUUAUGGUUAAAAGAAGUUGAAUGUCCAGAUAUCUUAUCUAAAACUCUUAUAUUCCAUAAUAAUAAUUUACUGAUGUAAAGAUGCAAAUAUCAAAUGUGACAACUUUGUCAAUUGUUAACUGUCCAAAGUUAAUAAUUCUUAAUAACAUUCAGGAAGCAAAUUUGAAUAUUAUAAAUAUAAAUGUAGCUUUUGAAAGUUUGAAACAAUUUUUUAUUUAAUCCUAUAUAAAAUAUUU